AUGUUUGGAAGUGUAACUGAGAUUGUGCUGGGCUUAAUUCUUGCUUUUCCUCCCCAUCAGCUGGAUGUUGGCAGUGAUGAAGAACGCAGACUCAACCUAAGCUUAAGCGAGAGCUUUUUUAUGGUCAAAGGAGCUGCGCUAUUCCUGCAGCAAGGAAACAGUCCACAAGGUCCCCCACGGAGUCUCCCGCAUUCCCACAAACAUGCAGGUGAUUUGCCUCAGCACCUUCAGGUGAUGAUCAACCUCCUUCGCUGUGAGGACAGAAUCAAGCUGGCCGUGCUCUUAGAAAGUGCGUGGAGCGACCGCGUGAGGUACAUGGUGGUGGUCUACAGCACCGGGCGCCAAGACACCGAGGAGAACAUUCUCCUGGGCGUGGACUUUUCCAGCAAGGAGAGCCAGAGUUGUACCAUUGGGAUGGUGCUGCGUCUGUGGAGCGAUACGAAGAUCCACCUGGAUGGAGACGGUGGGUUUAGCGUCAGCACGGCGGGCAACAUGCACAUCUUCAAACCUGUCUCGGUGCAAGCCAUGUGGUCUGCCUUGCAGAUCCUCCACAAGGCUUGCGAGAUGGCGCGGAGGCACAACUACUUCCCGGGAGGGAUGGCGCUUGUCUGGGCCACCUACUACGAGAGCUGCAUCGCUUCCGAGCAGAGUUGCCUCAACGAGUGGAACGCCAUGCAGGACCUGGAGUCUCCACGCCCCGACUCGCCUGCGCUCUACAUGGACAAGCCAACUGAGCGGGAGAGGGCAGAAUGGCUGAUCAAGGCCAAACUCCGGAGCAUCAUGAUGAGCGAAGAUCUGGAGAACGUGACUUCCAAAGAAAUCCGGAACGAGCUGGAGAAGCAGAUGAACUGCAACCUGAAAGAAUUCAAGGAAUUCAUUGACAAUGAGAUGCUACUCAUCCUGGGGCAGAUGGACAAGCCCUCCCUCAUCUUUGAUCACCUCUACCUGGGCUCUGAAUGGAACGCCUCGAACCUGGAGGAGCUUCAGGGCUCCGGCGUGGACUACAUUUUAAACGUCACCAGGGAGAUCGACAAUUUCUUCCCGGGAUUGUUUGCGUACCACAACAUCCGCGUCUAUGAUGAAGAAACGACCGAUCUUCUCGCCCAUUGGAACGAGGCUUACCAUUUUAUCAACAAAGCCAAGAAAAACCACUCCAAGUGUCUGGUUCACUGCAAGAUGGGCGUGAGCCGCUCCGCGUCGACGGUCAUUGCCUACGCCAUGAAGGAGUUUGGAUGGUCCCUGGAGAAAGCCUACAGUUACGUCAGGCAGAAGCGCAGCAUCGCUCGGCCCAACGCCGGGUUCAUGAGGCAGCUGCUGGAAUAUCAGGGUAUCCUGGAUGCCAGCAAACAGCGCCACAACAAGCUCUGGAAACAGCAGCCGGGAGGCGGCCUCCCCCCCAGGGCAGAAAGCCCCGCCGGGCCCAAUGAUCUCCUGCUCGGCAGCCUGGAGGACAUGGACCUGGACCCUCCCGGGGCCCCCAUCUGCGCAGACCGCCGAACGCCCCUCGACUCGGUGGGCAUCCACUACUGCUUACGGCGCCUCUCCAACUCCUUGCUGGCCCCCCGCGAGCCGUGUCUGCAGCUGGAGGACCUGGAGGCAGACGCCAUGCUGGAGGAGGCCGGCUCUGCCGCCAGGGACCUGCUGGGCCAGCUGCAGGCAGGAAUGCCGGAGAUCAGUGCAGACCCCCAGGGCCACCAGAAACCCGAGGCGGUUCCUCGGGUGCCGGUCUCCGAGGAGGAGAAGCCCACCGAACGAUGGAAGCGGCGGUCGCUCCAAGAGGAGGGCAGGCACAACUGCGAGAACCUGAAUAACAACAACAGUAAGAGGAGCUGCCCGGAUGACUUUGAACAUGAAGCCCUGUUCGGGGUCCUCAACAAAGUCAGCCCCCCCUACAAAUCUUGCACUGACUGCAUGUAUCCCUUGGGUGGGUCCCCUCCUGAAGCCUUCGGAGAUGCCCUGGAGGUCCUGCCAGCGGAGCCCCCUUGCCACCGUGCCACCAUCUGCACCCAGCCCUCCUUCCCAGCGUUUCUGGAGCAGGCCUCUUGCAAGUCUCCUCUGAAGGAAUCCCAGGGACCGAGAGCCAACAGUUUGCUCCCAAUGGUCGUGGGAAACGAGGUGCAGGACGUUAGUCCUGAUCGGCCAGCUUCAGGGUGGCCCUGUGGCCCUUCUGAAAAGCCCAGGGAGGCCCCUAAAGCCCCAGGAGGUGCCUCACUUGGCUCAAGACAGUCUCUCUGUGAGAGAAGCCCAGUCUUCAACCACGGGCUGAAGCAUGACUCUUCUCCAAGAAAAGAUGCCCGGCAGACAAAGGACCUGAAGCACUUGCUCUUCAGCAAAGAUGUGGAGAAGCCAACCACAAACAGUUACCUGAUGCAGCAUCAGGAGUCUCUUCUUCAGCUCCAGAAAGCUGGCUUGGUCCGUAAGCACACGAAGGAACUGGAGCGCCUCAAGGCCCCGCCAUCCGACACAGCCGGGCCGGGCAAGGAGUGUUCCGGAGGCCCAACCGACGUUGUGACUAUCUUGGAAGAGGAGCCCCAGGAGAUGGUUGUGGUCGGGGGUCAACUGCAGCCCUCGUCUCAGGAUGUCUCGGAGAAGCUCCCGAAGGCCCUUCUUGCUGCUGGAGCCUCCCAGAAGACCUCCACGCCCGUCCCCUCCAAGGUGGACCACAUGAGUACCUUCACAAAGGACUUCCUGAAGACCAUCUCCUACACCCCGUCCUCUUCUCGGAGUUCCAACCUCACUCGGAGUUCCAGCAGUGACAGCAUCCACAGCAUCCAUGGGAAGCCCGGGCUGGUGAAACAGCGGACGCAGGAGAUCGAAACCCGGCUGCGUCUGGCCGGCUUGACUAUCUCCUCUCCGCUGAAGCGCUCCAACUCUCUGGCCAAGCUGGGCAGCCUCGACCUGGCCUCCGAGGACCUCACGGGCGAGGCGGACCUAUCGCCCUUGACCCGCCCGAGGGAGGCCAUGCCGAGCGAGUCUCCAGCCCUUUGCAGCCUCCUCUCCUGGAGGAACACGGAAGACGGACUGCAGCCCUCGGCAAAGGGGACCCUGGGGAAGCCGAAGCACACACCCCGGAUGGGAGAAAGCUGA